ACCGCUCGGACUCUUUCUCUUCCGCGCCGACUGUGGCCUUCCGUCCCUCCGGGGAAACUCGCGAUGGCUCCGAAGCGGCCCAAGAGCGGCAGCGGGGCCUCGGCGCCUAGCGGGACCGGUUCCAAGAACUGGGAGGCUGGGCUGGUGUCUGCACGCUUAGAGGAGGAAAAUUGGAUUCCCAGUAUCGCAAUGGUUGUUGGGGACCAAACCGAGGAUGAACUUCACACAAAGGCCCUGUCUCUUGCUGUGCAGGUGCCAAUGCGGAGGCUCUUUAGUAUGGUGACUUGGGAAGGAAUGUUAGCACAGAUCAUGGCAAGUGGAGAUGUAAGCAAACCAAAGGGCAAAGAAAAGGAAAAGGAAAAGGAAAAAGAACCACCUUUGUUUACUGAGGUGUUAGAGGUGGCAAAAAUCAUUCUCAAUAAUGGAGAAGCACUUCCUGUAACUCUGAUUGGAAAGUUAAUUAAAUAUCAGAUGCUCUGCAUUAAACAGAAGGACCUGCAGAGAAGGGCUGCUGAAAAGAAGACACCCGAGGACAAGGACAAGGAGAAAGACGAAAAGGGGAAAGGGAAAGGGAAAGGCGGCAAAAAGGAGAAACCUCCCAGUGCCAAAGGGAAAGGGAAGAAGAAGGGAGCUGAGUCACCAAGUGUGUCAACAGCUGCCAUUAAGAAAGACACCAAACUUAAACGACGUGGAGAAGAAGAUGAUCUUGACAAAUACAUCGAUGAUGAACCAGAUGACGGUGCUCAGUAUUAUUUCAUAAUUAGUGGUUUUCACUACCCUCAACUUCUGCCUGUGCUAUCCGAUCUUGGGAUCAAUGUUGCAAGCGUCAUUAAGAUUUCUUCUGACAAUUAUGAGCCACUCCAGACCCACCUGGAAGCAGUUGCUCUGCAGGAAGAACCAUUUCUUGAAGCAGAAGUUGUCGAAGCUGAAAAGAAGAAGAAGAUGAAAGCUGCCAAGGACCUGCAAACCUUCUGGAAAUAUUUGGAACCUAUUCUGAAUAGUGGGAAACCAGGAUCAAAUCUUUUUCAGAUAGCUCGACUCCAUCACCUAGUCAAGGAGUCUUCCUUUCCUGCCGACUGGAGUAACGCUGACAUGUUGCUUGAAUUUGGAACGGAGCUCUUUGAAGUUGUGGCAUGUUUGAUGUAUGACUGCCUGGACUGGAAAAGACAGCAUCAGCACUUCUUGAAAUCCACCAAAUUUAUUAAUGUCCCCGUAGUAGAAAAGAAGAGCAAGACUGAGGUACCACCCCCUGCUCCAACCACACCUUCAAGGAGAAAGCAGGCAGCAGAAGAGCCUGCUGCACCAGUUUUAACAACAGAUGUGGACAUGAGGUAUUAUAAUGACCUCCUGAACCCAGUCCCUGAUGAGAUUGUUUCUGUUCCCUUGAUACUGGAAUGCAUGUUGCAACAGGUUGUUGCAUCAGAACAGAAUCUUACACCACCAAGCUUGGUGGUUCCAGAGCCUCGUGAAGAUGGGCUGGAUCAUACCAUUGCAAGUCACAUGGUUUCGAUCCUUCCUUCUCUUGCCCUUCCUGAGAGUGAGAAAAAGAAUCUUUACAACUCCUUUUAUCCUCAAAAUAAAGACAAGACCAUGGAUCAGAAAUGGCCUCUUAUACUGAACUACCAUGAUACCCUGUCCCAGAGAUUGUACUUCCUAAAGAUGCAGGGUAGUUUAGACCCAGCCAAGGUUGAAGAUGAAAUGAUGUGCAAACUGCCUUUGAUGGAUCUUCUUAAAUUCCCUCUUCCGCCACCUGGAACCAAUACCAGACGCCUUGCCAGAAUCCAUGAGCUCAUGCAUUAUUGCACUAGUGAACACAUGAACUGGGCUGAAAUAGAGCGAGCUUUUAAAGUGUUUACAUUUGAAAGUCUGAGGCUGACAAAGGUAGAUGACUCUGGGCAGCUAGAAGGCUGUGGCAGAAUGCUUGGUGGUGAUGAUGAGGUGUCUUACAUCCCAUGGGAUAAUCCUGCUAAUUUUGCCAGACAACUGAGACAAGAAUUGAUGGACCUAAAAAUAUCACAGGAAGAGUAUCUGAACAAAUCAGGGCUUUUCACUGACAGUGCUUUUCAUAGUCGACAAUAUUUCCCUUUUACAUUUGAGAACAGUAUUCAGAGACCAUCAGGACUUUACCAUUCAGAUCGGGUUGCUGAAUUUAGGAGUGAUCUCAACGCUCCUCUUGAAAAUAAGAUACAUUUAGAUGCAGAGGCAGAUACAGAAUUAGUUGCCAUACAGGAGACCCAGCAGCGGUGUUUGAAAGACUGGAGUUUUGCAGAACAUUUUCAACCACACCUUCUCUUCCAGGUUCUUCACAAUGCAGCCCAGCAUUACAAAUGCAUUGAUUCUUAUUAUCACACUCAAGAUAACUCCUUGCUGGUAGUCCUUCAUAAUCCUAUGAACCAACGUUGCCAGUUUGAAGAGUCCUGGAAUGUUGCGUUGCAUUCUGACGUUGGAUUCAGGAAUUACCUAGAACUGGUGGCUGCUUCCAUAGAUGAAUGGAUAGUAAGAGAAGAAGUAAAAUAUCAGGAAGAAAAAAUGGCAAAAGAACUGGAAGCACUUAGGUUAGCUAAAGAGUUAGCAGAAAAAGCACCUGUCGAAGUCAAGUCCCCACCUACUGGCAAAAAGGGUGCUGCACAGAAGAAGUCCAAAAGUCCUGCCAAAAGUAAAAUCGACAUUUCUCCAGAACCUGUAGCUGAGAAAGAAAAAAACAUUUUUGUCAGAGAUGACUCUCUCAAGGCUUGGAAGGAGGAACAGGAGCGGCUGUUAGAGGAAGAGCGGUUGAAAGAAUUGAAAAAAGCUGAGAAGAAGGAGAAACCUGGCAAGAAAAAAGGCCAGAGUAAGGAGCAAGCACCUUCUGAUGAAGGAAAGGCAUCCAAAAAGAAAAAAGACAAGAAAUCGCCGUCCAGGUCACCAGAGUCGGCUAAAUCACCAGACGCUGAAGAACAGGCAAGGCUGGCCAAGCAGAGUAAACAAACUAUCCCUCCUCAGCCACCCGUGAAAGAAUAUGAGUUUCUUGGAUACAAUAUGGCUGAGAAUCCCAUUCAAGUUGCAGGGACUACCCGAUACCUGUUCCCUACUGAUGGAGGACAAAUCCAGGCAGAAAGGAUAACUUUCGAAAAAGGGGCAACUUUGGUCAAAGUGAAGGUAAUAAAGGACAACCACUGUUUCUUCAUUCAUAUCGUAGACCCCCAGAAAUGCGAACAAGAGAAAGAAAGUAAUGAAGAAAGAGAUGACUCCCCAAGUGAUCAAGAGCCAGAGCCAGACAAACCAGUGAAUCAAUCGAAAGCUGUGAGCAAGUUUGGAUCAUUUUCUGCAACCUUAGAAAAUGAAAUCCACCUCUCCUUUAGCUGCUAUGGAGCAUCAGGAAAAGCAAAAGAAGAAAGUGAUCCCAAUUUAGCGACCAUUCUGACCAUCCCUUCCGUAAAUGUGCCCACUUCCGCUUUGGUUACCUCGCCUGUUUCUACUCCUGCUACUGCGACGACAGGAAAGACUAAGCCUUCUAAAGAAAAAUCAGGCAAAAGCUUACAACCUACCAAUAUGAGCUCCCGCCUCACAGUGACUAGCUCGCCAGAAGACGCUUCAAAGCAAGAUGAGAAAAAGGUAGAUAUAGACGAGUUGACCCAAACACAAACUAUUCCAGAUCCCCGUGUUUUCAAUAGUUUGAAUGUGUCCUGUCCCAAUGGAUUGGUACUAAGCUUUCUUGGCCAAAAAUUCACAGGUGAAGAAAUGGGAAACAAGCCCAAGAAUGAAGGUGAAGGAAGCAAAAUAGACGAAGCUAAAUUGGAUGAGGGCAAAAUUGAUGAAAUUAAGACACAAGAAGCCAAAGAAGAGCAAGUGAAGGCCCAUGAAACCAUAGCAAGCAAGACCAAAGGAAAUGAAGACAAGGCAGAUGAAGGCAAGCCCCUUGAUGAAUAUGUGGCAGAUGAUACCUUAAAGGAUGAGGCCCAUGAAGGCAAGGCUGAGGCUGAAACAGAGGAGGACCAUGCAAACAAAGCCAGGGAAUCUAUUUUUGAGAUAUUUACUAGGCAGAGUUAUCCCCAAAGGGUGAAGCAUUCACAGCUGCAAAAAGCAGUGAAGAACCCAAUAGAUCAGGAAGUGUCUAGAGUUACUACGAGACAAGGAACUGUCAUAAAGUACAUGUUGGAUGGAUCCACUCAGAUACUGUUUGCUGACGGCACAGUGAUGAGAAGCCCUGAUUCUGGUCCUGUUUUACCACCUCCACCUCCUGCAAGUACACCACAUACAGAGGCCACACCUCCUCCUGAUACAAGCACCAAGAAAUCUAGAAAAGGUACCAAGGGUGCCCCUGCACUAAAAGUUGAAGCAGCUGAAAUCGCUGCUCAGGAUCACCCAUUAGAUAUGGAACACUCCCCAGAUGCCCUGGCAGGCACCUGGAUAACCACUACCCCAUCAGGUAUUCAGAUAGGCACCAAGGGAUCAGAGAAGCUGGACCUGAAGCCACUGUUGGCCUACCAGGCCACCGACCCAGUUACUGGAACGGUAAUGACUAUAAGGGAAGAUAUGGUCGUUGUGGUGGAGAAAAGCGAUGGUUCCAGAAUAGUAGAUCAUGCUGAUGGCACCAGAAUAACCACUUUCUUCCAAGAGUGUGUUGAAAUGGUUGAGUCCACUGACAGUGAAGAAACAGACACCGAGCCCCAAACCAUCACAAGGAAAGUGAAAUGCAUGCGUGUAGAAAAUCCAGACUUUGCAACGAUCAUAACAAAUUGUGAGGACAGUACAUGUUGUGCCAUCUUUGCUGAUGGAACCUCGAUUAUAUCAAAGCCUGAAGGAACAUACCAAAUACUGCCCAUGAACAAAGGCUGCCUCUUCGUCGAUGAAAAUUGUUGUGCAGUUUACUCUCCAGAGGCAUUUGAAAAAAGUGGAAGUGAUCUUGUAUCCAGUUUUGAGGAGCAGCAGGCAGGGAAAUAUGUUAUGAAACACAACUCCAGUAUUGCCUGUGAGGUGACAGACCAUGCAGGAAACAUUUUUAAGGUCAUGGCUGAUGGCAGCACCUCCGAAUUCAUUGCUAACACUGAUGCUGAUGGAAAGGAAUCAGAGAUCGCAGAAAUUAAAUUGCCAGUCGUAUAUGGGGAACAUGCACCCAGAUUCUUCAUUGUGUAUGCUGACGGCUCAGGGACUGAACUCCUCCGUACCAGGGAUGCGGAGGAAUACCUGACCAAUGCUUAUGGUGAUCCAGUUACAGCAGUUGUACAAGAGCCAAUACAAGAAUGCCCAGGAAUCCUAAGCAUUACCGUACUUCGCCCUUUGAGUGAAGCUUCUCGGUGGGUGAUGAAGAGAGAUUCAUCCACUAUCAUCCCUUAUAAUCUCCAAUCAAGGGCCUGGGAAAAUUUCCCACCAGUUGAGAGGAAGACUCCAGGCCCUCCAUUUGGAAUGAACGCUUGGAAAGGCCUGUGCAUAGAAUUCAAGCAGUUGGCAGGUUCUCCUGCACCUAUACAGAAAUGUCCAAAUGUACUCCAAAUCCGCCGGUUGAUCCAGUAUUCACCAGUCACUGAUGAGCUCAGACACAAAUUGCAGCUUUCUGUGAAGGAGUACAUUGAAAAAAUCAUGAAGGAAGAAGAAGAAAUGGAAGAGAUGUCUAUUAAAGAUCCACGAAUGGAAGAAGAGAAGGAAAAUGCUGCUGACCUUCUCAAGCUAGUUAUGUCUUUCCCUAACCUUGAAGAACCUUCAGAAGAGCAAUGCAGCAGAGCUCAUAUUGCUGAUAUAUAUGAGCAGGCAGUGGCUUCACACUCACACCAUCCGUCAAGGGAGUCACUUGCAAAGAAAACAGAAGAAUAUUGGCAGAGGUUCCGCCAGGAAGAGAAACAGGAUGUAUCUUUCUGGCAGGUCAAGCUUGCGCAGACCAGGCAGGAAAUUGAGGAUGGAAAGGAAUGUCUUAUGAAGAUAAGGAACAAAGUCAUCCCCCCCUAUUUCAGUUCAGAAUUUGGCAUGGAAUUUCUGAAUAAGGAGCUUCCUGAUGUUGAAAGUCUUUCAAAAAAGCUCCCUCCAUUCUCAAAGAAAGGAAAGAAGGGACCAUUGCUGGAUACAAUUACAGAAACGGGUGAAAGCAAUCUAGGAACGAUGGAGGUGUCAGACAGAAGCAAGGUUUCAGGCUACAGUACGCUCACUGAUCCAUCAGGUUAUUCUGUAAUCUGUGCUGAAGUUUACCCAGAUUUCUCCACAACAGAAAUGGCUGAGAGUAGAUUGGAGAUUGUCUUUGAGCCAAAACUCCAGUCUCUUCUGGUGGAUGCAGCAGGAUCCCCAAGGAAAGAGAAGGUGAAAUUGCCUGUGUCCAUACUGAGAGACAAGACACACUCUGUACCCAGACGAAAGGGUGAAGAUCCCGUUUCUGGCAAAGUUCACACAUGCUCUGCUUCAGCAGCUUCACAGCAAAUGUCAGGCUUUCUUCUCAUCCCACCUAAGGUGUCAUUUGGGGUGCUCAAGGAGGGCUGCACUUACAAAACCAUAGUAGUCUUGAAGAACAUCGGGAUGAAUUUCUGCAGGUUUCGGGUGAAACAACCACCACCCCGUACUGGAUUGCGAGUGUGCUACACCCCAGGGCCUGUAGCUUCUGGAUUGCAAACAGAUUUGGAAGUCGAUAUUUAUGCUAUGGCUAUUGGCGUAGAAGGCAGUGAGGGAGCGGGUGAAGUUUCGCAUCGGAUCGAAAUUUACACAGAAACAGAAACUCUCUUCCUACCUGUGGAAGCAAAUAUCCUUUAUUGCUUUUCUGUGCAGGACAAACUGGUGGCCUUUACUGCACAGAUGGCCACAGAACGCCCCCGGCCCCACACUUUGAGCAAGUUACUUUAUUUUGAAGACGUGAGUCCCUUAAAAUGCUUUUGGAGAAAGAUGUUUAUUAUUGACAUCUGUCUCUCUCGGGAGACAAUGGAAGAGUGUGCCUUUGGGGGUAAACUCCAACCAUUGGAGAAGUUUACACAACCCAGAUUGUUUCGAAAUGUUGUUUUAAUGUUUGGGAAUAGAAAUUAUAUAAAGGCUAAAUGUUUAGAGCUUUUUACAGGGCCAUCCUGUGGUCCCACUGCCCUUUCAGCCAGAAAUAUUCUCCUUAACAUUGGCUGAGCGUAGUUGGAAUCCUAUAUGCUCUGAACAGCAGCUUUGAAAAAAACAGUAUCAAUUUAAGCAGUCUACCACCACUAGGGACAGUCUGUCCAACUGUAAAAUGGCUUUUGAUCUUAAGGUUCUUCUGAUGUUGUAAAGACUUCUUUGUAAGGUUCUCCUGGAAAUGACUCAAAGUGAUUUACAAACACAAUAGAAAAGAAUAAAACCAAUGACAGGAACAGUAGAAAUCUCCACCCAUGCAACUCCCUCCCAUUAGUUCUCGUCCUGUUUUCUGCUCCAUCUUCUGUGUGGCAGCCUUUCAGAUAUUUGAAGGCCACUGCCAUAUGCUUGCUUAGUUAACUACUAGAUACCAAUGAGGAAUAGGGUGGCACCUCUGCCCCUUCCACCAUUUGUAGGAACUUAGGAAGCUGCUAAUCAUUGAAGCU